AUGAAGAAUAUCCAAGCACGGAUCCAGGUUAAAGAGGAUGCCCGGCCUCGAUUCUGGAAAGCUCGCCCAGUAGCGCUGGCUCGUAAACCAGCAGUGGACGAAGCAUUGAGAGAGCUGGAAGCUGAAGGAGUUAUAAAGAAGGUAGCUAAUAGUGAGUGGGCUGCUCCAAUUGUGACACCUGUGAAGAAGGAUGGCGGUGUAAGAGUGUGUGGUGACUUUAAAGUGACCAUCAAUUCACAGCUGGUGGUAGACGAGUACCCACUUCCCCGCAUUGAUGAUAUUUACGCCAGCCUAGGUGGGGGAACGUUGUUCAGUGUCAUUGACUUGCGUCAGGCUUACAAAUGGAGAAGCUUUGUGGAGUACCUAGGACAUGUUAUCUCUGCAGAAGGACUGCAUCAAUCCCCAAAGAAAGUAAAGGCUAUCACUGAGAUACCGAAACCUCAGGAUGUUACUCAACUGCGUGCUUUUCUUGGCAUGGUCCAGUAUUACGCCAAAUUCUUGCCCGAUCUGGCCACUCAUCUUGCUCUACUUCAUCGGCUGUUACAGAAAGAUGUGAAGUGGUUGUGGGGAGCUGUGGAACAAGCUAGUUUUCUUGUGGUGAAAGAAAUAUUGCUACAGGAUAGGGUCCUGAUGCGCUAUGACCCUGACUCACCACUAGUUCUUGCCACAGACAGCUCCUCGUAUGGUCUGGGAGCGGUCUUGUCACACCGUACCGCUGAGGGAGUAGAGCGUCCUAUCGCUUAUGCAUCCCGGUCCCUCUCCGAAACAGAGAAGAAAUUCUCACAAAUCGAGAAAGAAGCAUUAUCUUUGGUCUGGGGUGUGAAGAAGUUCCAAAUGUGCCUGGAGGGUCGCCACUUCACCUUAGUCACCGACCAUCAGCCUUUGAAGUACAUAAUGGACCCUGGGAAGGCUGUGCCAGUCACGGCAGCAGCAAGGAUUCAAAGUUGGUGUCUCUUCCUAGGAGCUUUUUCAUACAAUAUCGAGUUCCGAGGUACCCAGCAACAUGCCAAUUGUGAUUGUUUAUCUUGCCUACCCCAACCAUCAGCACCCGCUGACAAGCCCGAUGAAGUUGAAAUAUUCCAUACCACCGUUGUCGAGGCCCUCCCCGUUACAGAACACAACUUAAGAAUGCAGACCCGUAGGGAUCCAGUACUUUCCCGUGUUCUGGAGCUUGUGCAGUCAGGAUGGCAAGGAGCCGAACUUCACCCAGAGCUCAUUCCCUAUGCCCAUCGCGGUAACGAAAUCAUGAUUCAUCAUGGAGUUCUAAUGUGGGGUAGUAGAGUAGUCGUCCCAGCCAAACUGAGAGAGAGAGUUUUGGAAACGCUCCACAAGGGUCACAUUGGUAUGGUCAAGAUGAAGGGUUUGUCCCGGGGUUUUGUUUGGUGGCCAAACAUUGACAAGGACAUAGAAGGGGCCGUCCGAAACUGUGAAGGAUGUCAGGAGUUGGCAAAUAAUCCAGCCCGUGCACCCCUGCAUCGAUGGGAGUACCCUUCCCUUCCCUGGCAAAGACUGCACAUUGACUUUGCCGGACCAGUCGAGGGAAAGAUGCUCAUGGUAGUGAUCGAUGCCCACAGCAAGUGGCCGGAGAUUUUCGUGAUGGAGAUCACCACUGCUGAAGAAACCGUUUUAUCCUAA